UCAGAAUUCUGAUUGUGACAAAGGCAUCGACAGUAAGGCAGGUAUAAAUACUGAGAAGCAUCUGAACCAAAUCACAUUUCCUGGCCAAUAUGAUGUGGUUUGUGGUUCUCUUGUCUUGCUUUGGUGUGAGCAAUGGUCGGACACCACUCAAUCAUGCAGUGUACAAUGAGAAGCUGAACGAAAGGGUUGUAGGAGGUUCAGAUGCACAACCAAACUCCUGGAAGUGGCAGGUUUCACUUCAGUUUGACUCGUCCAGUCAGCAGGAGUACUACCACAUCUGCGGUGGGACUAUAAUCGGUUCCUCACAUGUCCUGACCGCAGCCCACUGUAUACUCAGCUAUGAUGCCAGGCAUUACCGUGUGGUCACCGGGGAGCACAACCUGUACAAAUAUGACGGCAGUGAGCAGUUCAGCUUUGUGGAUAACAUACUAAUUCAUCCUGGCUGGACUGGUGACCUUGGCAAUGGAAAUGAUAUUGCCCUACUAAAGCUUGUGGCUCCAAUUUAUGACAAUGGCUUUGUCAGACUUGCUGACCUACCAUAUGCUGGUGAGGUCUUGCCGAAUGAUUUCACCUGCUACAUAACUGGAUGGGGGCUACUUGCAACUGGCGGAAGUGUUCCUGACAUCCUUCAGGAGGCCCCUAUACAUGUGGUGGAACACAAAGUGUGCUCCACCCAUGAUUGGUGGGGCAGUCUGGCCAAGAAGACCAUGAUAUGUGCAGGAGGAGAUGGAAAGACAGCUGGUUGCCAGGGCGAUUCUGGAGGUCCCCUCAACUGCUUCACUGAUGGUGCCUGGAGGGUCCAUGGUGUGGUUAGCUACGGCCCCGGUGGGAACUGCAAUACGAUCCGCAAGCCCACUGUCUUCACCAGAGUCUCUUCCUUCACAGACUGGAUAUACAGUGUCAUUUUGAGCUAAAAAGGAAAAGAACAAAGAUUUCUAUGGGAAA